UUACUCACAAGCAUGCAUGAAGGCACACAGACAUACGGGCAAAAGCACUCGGGCACCAAGAUGAUGCUCAUAUAUCUUGGCAUGAAAUCUCUUUGUUGCAUUUCUGGUUCAGGCUAAAAGCCUACGUCAGUUUUGGAGAUUUGUUUCUGAAAGGUCAUAGUAUGAGAAAUAAUUACUCCUUCAGCGACAGAUCUCUAUCCCGUCUCCUGAAUGAAUACAAAAGAAAAGGAAUCUCAACCCACAACUCCAGCCGGAAACGUGAUCCACUGCAAGGGUAUUUCUUCAACCUAACUUGCACACAAUGAUCUCUACAGCAGAGACUACACGGCUGUAAUUUGCAUUCCAUAUUUCAGCGACCGCGGAGGCCCCCGGCAGGCUGCUUGUCGGUCAAGCGCAUCCGUGCGUCUUCAUUCUUUUCCAAGCUUCAUGGGGGUGUGUGGUUGCCUGACAGCUAACCUGCCCUAUCUCAAUAUCUUGAGUUGUGACCUACUCCUUAGGAAUGCUUAAGAAUGCAUGUCUGCAUCUGUAGUCCGCUGAGAAGUGCUUCGACAAUGUUUAGAAUGCACGAAGGAAACAAAAGAGAUCCCGUGUUGGAUCAGCCAAAGAAUUAUUGGCAUUAUUGAGAUUAACUUUAAUUACUGGACUGACAGUGACGGGAUGGAAAAAUGACACCACAGCACGGCUAUUGUACAGCAUGGCGGUGCAGUGUGCCGCCGUUCCUGUUUUCAAGGAAAGCCCUGUCAUGUGAUCUCGCAGUAAGUACAGUAGUUGCAUAUCUAGUUGACAAGUGGAAACUUGGAAAUGUGCCUGUCCACAAGGGGGGGGGCCUUACAUCAACACCCAUGCUGGCUGGACUCUCCCUAAUGGCCAGUAGGUAACACAAUAUUGAUGCAGACAGCAAGCCAGAGGAGGACUGAAAGAGGAAUGAAUCGGCGAGACAUCAGAGAUGAGGACUCAAAGGUUUGGAUGAUAACAGGCCUCGUGCGUCUCAGUGUCUUCAAAGUGUGUCGUCUCUUCACUCACGUUGCUCUUUGAUGCUCGGGACACCUGGGGCGAGUUGAGCUGGCAGAAUUUACUGGAAAGAAAACCUCCCUCUCCAAACGCAUGGUUGUCCAACUAGUUUUAAAUGCCAUUUAUACAUGCAUCAGGGCUUGAGAUGUUUACUACCUUAUAAUUCAUUCUUUAAUAUCUAUUUUAUUGCUUCGAAAACAUCUCUUCAAACAACUGUAUUUAUUCAAGUUUCUGGCCCCUAAUUUAUUUUUCACUUGCCCGUUUGGACGCAUCAGGCAUUCCACUUGUUCGAACACAGAUUUUACUUGCCUUGGGCAAGCAUUAAUGUCAAGCCCUGGUAGAUGUUAUCCACUCAAACUAUUCACCUGUUAUUGUUUUUUAACUAACUGGAAAAUGUGAAGCACAUCAUCUGCUCCACUUAGCUUAAUUUAUGAUCUUUUUCACAGCCUCUCAUUGAAGUUCAAAAGCAGACCCAGACAAAAUAGCUUUUCCUGGUCACGUUUUGAGAGUGUUCAUGUUCCCCUCCUCCUACAGAAGUACAAGUGCAAUAAAAGUGUUAACUUCCUCAACUUUUUGAAUUUCUUUCCCUUCUGUCACUAUCAGAUGAAUGUUUUGUAGUUAAUUUAAUUAAUCUAAGAAAAGAAUGCUGUUGUAUAAUAGUAAUAAUAAUGGAUACUAUUUUCUGCAUGUAAAUACAAUAGUUUUUUUUUGUUUUCUUAAUAACAAAUCUUUGAUGUUUUAGUGUUUUUUAAAAGCAUAUCACAGCAGAGAUUUUAAGCUAUGUCAAGCCAGAAUUAUGAUAAUAUUAUAAGAUAUGGUUUUAACUCACUAAAGACAUUUUUCAGGAGCUAAUUGUCCCCGUUAUGGCUCAACCGAAAGAAGACAAUGGCCUCUGCACUUGAAUGAUGCAGUUUCCAUAUUUCAAUCGUGACAAGGGGGGGCAGAGCUCUGGAAUCAUUGUUAUGAGACCCACAGGAUGUCCUGAGGAAGAAAGAAGUCAGCGCAGAGUUGUACGCUAGCAUUCAUGGCCAGGGAGGUGCACGACAGGGAGGCUUGUGCCUUGCUGUCUCCCCUCUUUUCGUGUCGUCGGGAGUCUCUCUGGAUCGCGGGGUUUCCUCCCCAUCGCAGCAUGCCAUGACCCUUCUAUGCUUCGUCAACAGUUGGACAUUUACAAUUACCCAACCACCACUGACAUGGAUCGAAUUUGCUCUCAUGAAGAGGAAAUGGAAGCACAAAAGCUAGAAAGCAGACUGGAAAAUGGAACUUCUUAGAGCUUUUUUUUAUUUCCGGUACCAGUUACAAGACAACGAUGCCACGAGAGAGAGAGAGAAAAGGUAAGCGCUCUGACAGUUAGGUAUAGUAUUACAUGUCACAGAACUCAAGCUGUGUGAGUGUUUCCUGUUGCGGGCAGACAGGAAGUACUCGGCUUAGUUGGAUUUCACUCGGUCUUUUGCUCCUCUGAUUGCUCUCUGCAAAUGUCUUCUUGCUGAGAAAAACUGUUCCCCGACAGUGAAAGGAGAUGGCUCAUGGAUCAUAACACACUGGAACUAAAGAGGGAGACUUUGGGAUUGUUUCUGAAUAUUCCUUGAAUUGCCAUCCGUGAAGAUCCUUGAAGACUUUUCUCAUUGGAUGGGAAGACGUACAUGUCCUUGCCCUUUAAGCUGUUUUCAUAGUGUUGUCUUUAAAACUCUUGACCCUGCGUAACCACACCCUGUGUAACUUUUUGUCUGUCGUCGAAGGAGACUGUCAACACUUACUUGAGACAACGUCAGCCCUUUUAUAGAGACGACACACAAAAGCUAAACAUUUCACACUGGCUUCUAUUUCUCAUUAUUACAGAAAAACACACAAUGCUCUGAGGCAUUUAAUACAUCACUGUUGGUUUUUAAAUGUAUUUGAUCUAUUGUCCAUGUGUAUUUUUUUUAAAUUGGUGAUAUCUCAUCACCCGGCCACAUACAGGCCUUGUUGUGUUUAUGCAUUUGUUGAAUGAUUGAGUAUACAUAAGCUGGUUUGUAUAGCAAUGUCAUUUUGGCUGAGGUUCGUGUGUGUUUUGUCACUCUCCACAGGCAUUAACUUCAAGGAAGAGAACCAAGAAAACACAAAAGCUACAUUUGGCGAGAUACACACAUCCAUUGACACUCUGGCAUUCACAUUCGGCAAUGUAGUUUCUGACUUCCUUAUGGGAGAUGUGGACAGUGGCUCAGGGUUGGGGAUCCCCCAGACCAGGAGAAGCAGGUCUUUUGACAAUCUCUCUGUGGAUCCUGAGGGAUACGCUUCAGAGAAGAAUGAUCUUGUGGGACCAGAGGUGCCGCUGACGCGGGAGGAAGAAGUUGACUUGACCCUGCUGAAUAAUGACAGCGGUGUGGAGUCUGCUCUACUCUACGCCAAGGCCUGGUCCAAGUAUAUCAAAGACCUUCUGGCGUGGAUGGAGAAGCGACUGGCUAUGGAUAUUGAGUAUGCCAAAAGCUAUGCAAAGAUGGCUGAGUCUGCUAAGACACUGGUCAGUCAACAGGUGUACAUGCCAUUCAGUGAUGUCUACAUUUCUACAUUCAAGAACGACAUUGAAUACAAACAGCUGCUUGUUCAAACUGCGAUGGCUCUUCAGACGAAUAAGUUCAUACAGCCUCUCCUGGCCCGUAAAACUGAUCUUGACAAGUCGAGGAAAGACUUAAAGGAGCAGUGGCAGAGGGAGCAAAAGAAAAUGCAAGAGGCCGAUGCAACCUUGCGUAAGGCACGAGUGCUGAAGGCCCAGAGGAGAGAGGAGUACCAGAAAGCCCAUUCAUCUACCAACCGCUCCCAGGAGGAGCAGGCUAAUGCUGGUAACAAACAGCUGGAGAAGAAGAGGAAGCUGGAGGAGGAGGCUCUGCAGAAGGCGGAGGAGGCCCAGGACCAGUACCAGAGCUGUAUGGCUGACGCAGGCGUCAGGAGACUGGAUCUGGCCAACGCCAAGAGCACCAUCCUCACACAAAUCCGAGAGAUGGUCUUCCAGUGUGACCUCACGCUAAAAGCUGUGACAGUGAACUGGUUUCAGAUGCAGCAGGCGCAGACUGUGUCGCUCCCCCCCCACUACCAGGGCCUGAGCGAGAGUGCCAAGUUGUACGAACCGGGUGAAUGCUACGCUGAGUUCGUCCGCAAUCUGCCCAAAAAUCUGCCUAAAGAACGUGUGCACUUAGACUCCACCUCCUCUGACAAUACCAGGUUUGUGUUAAACAAAAGGUCAGUGGGCAGCACUCAUUCCUCCCAUGGCAACCUGUCUCAGGCAUCCAUCAACUCCUGCGAUGUGUUGAGCGGAGACGAAGUGGACAGUCCCCUUCACCGGCCGGCAAAGAUCGGCGAGCGGAGGUCCAACAGCAGCACGGACAUACAAGUGCUGAGAGGCCCGGCCACGCUGAGAGCCUGGGCCUCCAGUAGUCAGGGGAGCCAGGGCGGCAUGUGCAGUGACUCAGAGAGUGCGGGAGGCAGCAGCGAGUCAAGGUCCAUGGACUCCCCCACUGCCAGUCCAGGUGACUUCAAACGACGGCUGCCAAGGACUCCUUCCACUGGGACCAUGUCUUCUGCUGAUGACUUGGAUGAGAGAGAGCCGCCCUCGGACAAUGGUCUGGCAGAGAUGGUGACAGAGACGGCCAGUUCUCCGGGUCCCUUCCGAAAUGCUCAGAUGUCCAAAGCUGCUCAAACCCAUAAGCUGAGAAAACUACGCGCCCCGUCUAAGUGCAGAGAGUGCGACAGUUUGGUGGUUUUCCAUGGAGCGGAGUGUGAGGAGUGCUCCCUGGCCUGUCAUAAGAAGUGUCUGGAGACGCUUGCUAUCCAGUGUGGCCAUAAAAAGCUGCAAGGCAGACUGCAGCUGUUUGGUAUCGACUUUGCCCAAGCAGCAAAGAACAGCCCAGAUGGUGUCCCUUUUAUCAUCAAGAAGUGCGCGUCUGAGAUUGAGAGUCGAGCCCUCAACAUCAAGGGGAUUUAUCGUGUGAAUGGUGCCAAAUCACGCGUCGAGAAGCUUUGCCAGGCGUUUGAAAAUGGGAAGGACUUGGUGGAGCUGUCGGACGUCUCGCCUCACGACAUCAGCAAUGUCCUCAAACUCUACCUGAGACAGUUACCAGAGCCAUUGAUCCUGUAUCGAUACUACAACGACAUCAUCGGCUUGUCCAAAGAGUGCCAGAGAGUGAUUGUGGAGGAGGCUGAUAAACCUCGGAGCACCCAGACAGGAGAGAAGGGGGGGGCAAGCAUUCAGCUCAGCAGAGUCAUUUUCAAGAUCAGAGACCUUCUCCGCCAGCUGCCUACAGCCAAUUACAGGACUCUGCGCUUCCUUAUUGCACACCUGAACAGAGUGACCGAGCAGGCCGAGGAGAACAAGAUGACUGCGAGUAACCUGGGCAUUAUCUUCGGCCCCACACUGGUCAAGCCACGGCAGGCGGACGCUGAGGUGUCCCUUUCCUCGCUGGUAGACUACCCCUACCAGGCCCUGAUGGUGGAGUUGCUGGUGCGACACUUUCAAACAGUCUUUGAUGCAUCACUUUUGUCCGGCUCUGACAUCACCACGACUGGCCAGGCGUCCCCCAGACUCACCCCCCUAGAGAAGCUGCAGCGGCUCAGCAGACACUCCACCUCCCUGAUGGACAUCAAAGAGAGUGCCAAAGUGUACAAAAGAUACUCCUCAGUAAUCCCUUCCUCGCACAUCAUGGAUGAGGUUCAGGAGGUCCAGCCCGGAGCAGACGGAACAGAGGUCUCAGCCCUGGACAGACUCAACGGGAUCCAGGCGUCUAGUGAAGGCGAAGUCCAGAGGUCGACCUUAGUGUUCGGCCGCCCCAGCACCACCGCUGUGGCGCCAAAGGUCCAGCUACGCACCCAGCGCGCCAGACAUGUGUCUCGACCGAUCAGCAUGCCGCUAGAACGCCUGCCCAACCCCGCCCAGAUCAGUGAGAGGAAUUACCGUAACAGUGCUGCUAAAGAUGAUGAGAGUUCUGCUGAGCGGGACCCGAUCUCUGAAACUAUACCAGAGAUACCAGAGCCAGAAAAGGCUCGCCAGAGUGGCUCAUCAAGGGUUAGCACCUACUACAUCACUCCUUUCAUUGACACACAGACAAUGCAGAGGAGAACGUGGGACAGGAAGUACAAGCACUAUGAUGUUACACCCAGGACUGCUAAGAUUGUGGCCAACCUGCCGUCUGUCUGCUCUGGAGUACAACCUGUGAAGGCAACCGUGCCUGUCGCAACAACCACCGCGUCUGAGGUCUCCACCACAUGUACUGCGACCUCCGUUUUCUCCAACAACCCCUACACCAUGUCAGUCAAGCCUGGCUGGACUUCUAAAAGGGAAAAUUACGCAGAUGGUUCAGUCAGUGAGUCUAGCAGCUCACCAAACCUUCUGUUAUCGCUCAGGGCACCUAGAACUCUGCAGCCUCCUCCCGGAACUUUCUAUAAGCCCCCUUUGUCCAUUAACAGCAGAGCUAGGACGCUUCCAAACUGGACUACAACUGUUACCACCACCACCUCGUCGCUCGCCCCCACCAACUCUGCCCAGGUAGUCGCCCUGUCCUCUGCCCUAGCAAGCCCCCCACAGACACGGCUCCAGACACAGGACUCCACUGACGGCGCCACCGACCCCGGGGUCUCGACCUUCGCUACCCUUUCGCCCCCACAGUCCCCGCCCCCGAGCAGCCCCGACGACCUCAGCCCCAGCGAGACUAAACCCGUCUACCAAAGACUGCGACCUCGGCGGCUGCAGGAGCUUGAGCACAGAGAGGCCCAUUUCGUCUGACGCCCAAAAAAAACAUAUUAUAUCUGUAAAUAGUAAUGUAUCUGUGCCACAGUGUGUACUGUGGGAAACAUUUUUUCUAUCAUACAAGCUGAGAGUGGGAGAAGAUGUAGGCCUGUGAAAUGAAACCAUGAAAGUGUUAUACGUACUAAUAUAUUGUAUUUUACAUGUUCAAGUCAAAAUGUCAACAGUGGUUGGUCUCCCAAGCAUUCAAAGCAAACAAAUACUGCCGACAUUAACAAGAUAACAAAAAGAUGAAUUUGCCAACCACUCAUUGAUUCAUCUGUCUGUAAAGAAUAGUCCCGUCGAUCACUUUCCUUCUUUGAAUUGAACCUAUAAGUUCCUGUACAAUGUUUGAUUUGUUAUGAAAUGAUACUUUAUUGUAAUCACACAAUGCACUUAACACAGGUUCAAAUUCUAAUGUUGCCUUUUAAUGUUCAAAUGUGCUUAAUUUUGUAUUUUAUUCCACAAGGAACGGAUUGAGGUAUUUUUAAACACUUUCAGUUCAAAAGAGUUCAAUGUUUUUACCUUUUCAAUUUGUCCUUUGUUGCCUGUGAUUGGUACAUCUUUUCUCAGUAUGUAAACCUUAUGUAUCUGUUUACAUUUUUUAUACUCAUUCAUACAUACUGCAUGUUCGUCAGUCAUUUUGUCUCAUCGCAUUAUUUUGACUAUACAGAAGAAAAAUGACAUGCAACAGUGGUUGCUGCAAAUUAAAAAAUGUAGUUUAAACUUUUA